AUGGCAGACGUCAAAGAACCAACCCCGCAGGAGGAAGCAACAGCAAAGGCAAAAGAAGCAGAAGAGCAGGCAGCAUUACCCUACAAAUGGACCCAAACAAUCGGUGACCUCGACAUCACUCUCGAAGUCCCCGGCAACCUCAAAGGUCGAGACCUAAAAGUCGAGAUCAAGAAAAAGUCCCUGGUCCUAGGAAUCAAAGGCCAAGAACCUAUCAUCUCCGGCGACUUCCCCCACGAAAUCCACGUCGACGACUCAACCUGGACUUUAACCUCCUCGCCCUCGGGCACCAAAACCCUCGAACUGCACCUCGACAAAAUCAACAAGAUGGAAUGGUGGGCGCACGUCAUCACGUCCGCCCCCAAAAUAGACAUCACGAAGAUCACGCCGGAGAACAGCAAGCUGGGGGACUUGGAUGGCGAGACGAGGGGCAUGGUCGAGAAGAUGAUGUAUGAUCAGCGGCAGAAGGAGAUGGGGCAGCCGACGAGUGAUGAGCAGAAGAAGGUCGAUAUGUUAGAGAAUUUCAAGAAGCAGCAUCCGGAGAUGGAUUUUAGUAAGGCGAAGAUGAAUUAG